AUGCCCCCACUCCUGUCCUUCCAUUCUUCUUCCAUUAUUAUCAUCCUCAUUCUCUUCAUCAACAGCAUUUUGUUCAUUCCCUCCUCAUUGGCUUCAUCUAAUACUCAAAACACUACCACUUCAACAAUUAUUAAAACAACCACAACCACAACAGCAAAUAAUUACAAUAUUAAAAUAGUGGCAGGAAGUUAUGGCAAUACCAUUGAUUCCUAUCAUUUUCCGAUCAUAUCCGAGAGUCCAAUUUAUGUGCAAUCAUCCUCAUCUGUGGUGAUGGAGAAGGAGAAGGAGGAGGAUGAUGGUGAUGAAAUAAUAUAUUUAUCAGAUACACAGUUUUGUGUGGUGAGGAAAAUUCAGAAAAGUUUGAGUGUUGUGGUGGCAGGAAAUGGAAUUUGUGCAGUUCCUGGAGAGACAAGUGGAUUGGCUGUUGAAUUUUCAUUGACAUCACCAGGUGGUGUUUAUUUGGAUGAAUCUACUAAUAUAUUAUAUAUUUUGGAUAAUGGAUUGAGUAAUUCAGGAGGUUUUGUUAGAACUGUUGAUAUGUCAAGUGGAAUGUUAAAUACUUUGCAAUUGACCUAUGAACCUGCAGUGCUUAUGUUAAAAAGUCCAACAAUGAUAACAAAGAAUGGUGGAAUAUUUUACAUUGCUGAUACUGGCAAUAAUGUUAUUAGAAGUUUGACAUUUACUGGACAAAAUACUGCUCAUUGUAAAGUAAUUAUUGGUGCAGUCAACCCUGACGUAUCAAUGAGUUGUGUUAAUGUUGACCCAUUGAGUUGUCAACUUUCUUCUCCAACAAGUAUUACAUUUUCAUCUGAUGGAAUGAUCAUUACUGACCAGCAAAACAGUAGAUUUCUCGCUUUACAAAAUGGAAUUGUGUACCCAUAUUCUUUG